AUGCGUAUCCUCCGCCGCUGCAACAUCUUCCUCACAGACUCUGCCUCCAACUUCCGCAUACCCCAGCUGCAACAACACUACGACCUCGUCGCCGCGCGUCCAACCGACGACCGCACCCUCCAGCAAGCAUGUAUGAGCCUCGACGUAGACAUCAUCUCCCUAGACCUGACUCGCCGCUUCGAAUCACACUUCAAGUUCCCCACGCUGGGCAUGGCUAUAUCUCGGGGCAUUAAGAUUGAAAUCUGCUACAGCCAAGGCAUCAUGUCCAACGAUCCUGGUGCAAAGCGAAAUCUGAUUAGCAAUGCCACGCAGCUCAUACGUGUGACCCGUGGCCGGGGCUUGAUAUUUAGUUCGGAAGCGAAGAGCGUGCUGGGCAUACGUGCACCGAGCGAUGUUAUCAACUUGGCUUCUGUGUGGGGACUUGGUACCGAGAGGGGCAAAGACGGUCUUACCAAGGAAGCGAGGAGCGUGGUCGAGUUUGCGCGACUGAAGCGCCAGAGCUUCAAGGGCAUAGUAGACAUUGUCUAUGGUGGAGAGAAGCCGGUGGAAACAUUUGCGCAUGGUGCCAAGGACAAGCAAGGUCAGAAGGGGAAAGCGAACAAAAACCAAAAUGGCAAGCGGCCAGGUGGAAGUCUCGAAGAAACCCCACUCCACGAGACCAAGGCAGACAAGCCCGUCUCGAAGCGCCAGCAGGCCAAGAACAAGAAGGCGAAGAUACAAGUGGGUGGAGAAGAAAAACAGCCGUAA